AUGACUGGAGUUAUGAUCGACUCCGAAAAUGGUGACGGUGUGAGCCGCGGGUUGGAUAAAGUGCCGCUCCAUAUCACGGGGAAGAGUAUUUACACAGACCAUCAAUUCCAGACGAUCAACCCCGCCAUGGGUGAGGUUAUAGCGACAGUGUCAGGAGCUUCUCUGGACGAGGCUAAACUUGCCGUCACUUCGGCUGAGGUAUCUUUUCCUGCCUGGUCCGAGACCGAACCUGGGAAGCGGCGAACUAUAUUCUUGCGAGCAGCUGAUAUCUUGGAACAACGCGCAUUCGAAUGCUCCAAGUAUAUGCGAGAUGAAACCGGUGCAGAUGUGUCAUGGUGCAAAUUCAAUGUUCAAAUUUCAGCGGAGCUGCUGCGGGAUAUCGCAGGGCGGAUUGCUACGAUACAGGGCUUUAUUCCCGCAACCUCCGCCAAGGAUUGUACAGCAUUAGUCUACAAAGAGCCCUGGGGCGUUAUUCUUGCCAUCGCUCCCUGGAAUGCACCAUAUAUCCUCGGUUUUCGCAGUGUAGCAUAUGCACUUGCGGCCGGCAACACGUGUGUCCUCAAAGGUUCCGAGAUUUCUCCACGCUGUUUCUGGGCGAUUGUGUCUAUCUUUGAAGAGGCUGGACUUCCGCCGGGUUGCCUCAACGUUAUAUAUCAUCGUCCUAAAGAUGCUGCCGAAGUCACUCGGGCCCUCAUCGAGCAUCCAGCGGUGAAGAAGAUCAACUUUACCGGCAGCACUACUGUUGGCAGAAUAAUUGCCGAGAUUGCAGGCAAAAAUAUCAAACCCGUUCUUAUGGAGCUUGGAGGCAAAGCAAGCACGAUCAUACUCGAAGAUGCGGACUUGCAGCAAGCCGCACGCGCCUGCGCACGAGGAUCGUUCCUCCAUGCCGGACAAAUUUGCAUGUCUUGUGAACGGAUUAUCGUCCAGUCCUCCGUGACUGACGCAUUCGUCGAAGCGCUCAUGUUUGCCACUAAGGAGCGUUUUGGCCAAGGAGACGGAAUGCAGUUGAUGGUGUCUGACAGAGCGGCCGACAGGACAAACCGACUUGUUCAGCAAGCGAUAUCGGGUGGUGCCAGACCCUUGGCCGGCCAUGAUACAAAUGGCAUUCAGGGAGCCAGGAUGACACCCGUCGUCCUAAAAGGAGUUACUAAGGAGAUGGACCUAUACUACACCGAGAGUUUUGGGCCUACUGUGAUACUCAUUACCGUGGAUGAUGAAGAGCAAGCCGUGGCCGUUGCUAACGAUACUGAAUAUGGACUGUCGGCCGCAGUGUUUACACGCGACUUACAGAAGGCCCUGAGGUUGGUUAAGAAAAUUGAUAGCGGGGCUGUCCAUAUUAAUGGUAUGACAGUUCACGACGAGCCAACACUUCCCCACGGCGGGGUGAAAAACAGCGGUUUUGGGAGAUUUGGAAGCGAUCUGGGUCUGGAAGAGUUUCUCAGGACAAAGACAGUGACAUUUCAGAAUUGA